GGUAAGCAAUAUUGAGUGGACAUCAUUCGCCUUCCACCUCUAACCCUGUAAAACUGUACCCGAAAAUCACUCAAAAAAAAAAAAAAAAAGAAAGAAAGAUAAGAAUUUGGGAGAUGGUUUCUCAUUCUACGUUGCCCCUUAUUCAUGGAAGCCUCAAGCUCUCAACCAAACUUUUCUCUUCCUUCCAUUUUCACUCAUCUGCUGUUAACAAGCAUGGAUUUGGAAGUCGCCAACAAACCCGUUUUGCUUUGCAAAGGACCAAGAGUUCAGCAGUUCGUCUCCUAGCCAAUCCUAAUGGUCCUCUACAGGGGUCUCCAGGCAAAGAAAGAGCAAAGAAAGAGGUGGUCAUGGUUGAUCCUUUGGAAGCCAAGCAAUUAGCUGCAAAACAAAUGGAAGCAAUUAAAACGAAACAGAGAUUUAAAAGACGGCGUGAAAUUGAAGCAAUAAAUGGUGCUUGGGCUAUGAUUGGUCUAACAGCAGGGCUUGUUAUUGAAGGGCAUACAGGAAAGAGCAUUAUUGAUCAGUUGGCUGGAUACUUGGCUGCAGUUGUUGGGUUUUUCAUAAGAUAGUACAUUGAACAAUGAAGGACCAAAAUGGGUACCCGGUCAGACCGAAUGAAUUGCAACUUCAUAGGAAACAUUUUGGCAAUCAUUUUUGUACACUGCUGCAUUCUUUUCUCUUGUACAGAAAUGCAAAUACUUGAACCAAAAUCACUAUUAAAUUUCUUCUUUACCUUGGAGAGAUGGAGACUAGUGCUGGAUUCUUGUCUACUCUCACUCUCCUACAA